AUGCCGUUAGCCCGGCCCAUAUUCAAGGCUAUUUCGUUUGUUCAGCGUCUGCCCCAUGUCGCACAGACGCCCGACGAGGUUAAGUAUCCCGAUGCGAGUAGUCCGCCCAUCGCCGGCAUUCCCGUAUAUCCCAAUGGACAUCGAUGCGUGUUCAACGUCGACGGCCGCGAAUGCAAUGUCACAUACCGCGAACGCACGGGCAUUCAGAAGCAUUGCAAGGACCAGCAUAAUUAUCAGAGUACCCGAGCAAAAGGCCGACCGGAUUUCGAUGCCGUCCACCGUCCACUAUGGGAAACGAACCAACCAUGCCAACGUUUGUUCCGUACAGGCAAAUGGCAAAAGGUAUUUCCCGUCCAGGUCGUGCCCCAUGCCGGCCCAGCCGUAGACAUCGAUCAUGCCGCCCAAGGCAAGGCAUGGAUGGCGAAGUUGUUUGCCGAUUUUCAGCAGGCGCAGGAAGACGCCCGCACCGAACGGACGCGGUAUGAGCCUAAUCCAUGGUUAGAACACACCGGAUGGGAGCGUCAUUUAUCGAACGAUCAUCGACGAUGGAUCACCGAAUGCGUCAAGGCCGAGCCUAAUGUCGACAAAGUGCAGGCAUGUUUAGAAGACGAUGCCGCCCCAUUCGCCCCCGAAUCGGAGCAGGCGUUGUCGCGGGCGUGUGACGGUACCAUAGUGUUGAUCCGUCGUUCGUUCCAAGCCAGCCGG